UUAUGCUCCUACACUAGAGAAGUUGAGGAAAAACUGGUCCAAGACAUUGUCAAAACCUAUUUUGAAGUCGACAAUUACCCGAAAUUCGUUGUUAAACAUGCAGUUGUCUGGCACAAUAGGGAGAACUUUGAAGAGUAUGAAAAAUCUUUACAGUUGCUGUCUAAAGUUAUGGCUGACAACAAACCCGACCAUGAGCAUUUAUUGGAAUUGAUCGAUUGUGCUAGGAUCAAAUUUGAGCAGUGUCUGAGCUCUGAAAGUAACAGAUGUAUCAUGGCAAAAACACCAGACUAUCUAAUGAAAUUUACAGCAGCUAACGUAUAUGCUGGAAUCGUAUUCAACAACAUCAAUGUAUUAAAAAAGGACAAAACUGAUAACAGAAGGAUGGGCCAAGCAGUUGCAUUUUUGGAAAAGUUGUUAGAAGAAAAACAUUUCCUAUCCAAAAAGAGAGGUCAAGUUUACGAUGCUUUGAUAAGAAUUUAUCGCCAAAGAAAGGAUUUCUCAAAGGCUCUUUCCACAUUCCAAAAAGCAGGAGAGGAUGAAUUAAUUUCGCAUGUAAUUCAGUUCACUCUACUGGCUCAAAUGAAGCCAUUGUUGACACAGAAGGCAGUACCUGAACAAAUCAAAUCAAAGCUUUCAGCUGUUUAUCAUAUUCAACAAAUUUUGUUCAAUUGUAACAGUAUUGAGACAAUGACUGUAUCUGCUAAAUCGACCCCAAGUGACAAACCAAAUAGGAAAAAGGUAUACGUUACCGAAACUGAGGACUGUACGUUGUACCAGUCUGUUGAAGAGUUAGUUGUAAAUCACUUCAAGAAGGAUGGUUGGUAUGGUGUGCAUGAUGAAGGAAGUCUUUUGAAAAACAUAAUUUUCGCAUGUUUCUGGGAUAUCAUCUUUAGCAGUCCCACUCUUGAAAACGAUGAAAUGAGUGUUUUUGUGAGCAAAUGCCAAAUGAGGCCCUUGGAUUGGGGAAGCCGACAAUUCUAUUUAAGAAGACAGUCUGCUAUAAAGCAAAGAUUGAAAGAGAUAGAAACAUCAGAUUGGAGUGGAGUCAAUGCCAGAGUUGUGAAAUGCUUUACAAACCAUGGCGGUGAAUCGUUCAAUAAAAGUAUUUGGAAAUGGAUAAAAUCUGAGAACCUGAUGAAUAUUGAGGCAUUCCUGAUGUGUUUAUCAACAAAAUUUAUUGCAUCAGUAGCAGAAUGGCUUCUUAAAGACUUUGGAACAUAUUCAUCAGGAUUCCCUGACUGUACAUUGUGGCACAGGACUAAUAAACAGUGCAUUUUUGUAGAAGUGAAAAGUCCUUCGGACACUCUGGCCAAACACCAGGAGUUCUGGUUGACAAAAAUUGAGGAAUUUGGAGGGAAUUCACGUAUUUGCCAUGUGAGAGAGAUUGCAUCAUGUUCUGCAAGAUUAAACUCAUAACACGCCAAAUUCACGGAAUCCUCUACAAAUUUCCCAAAAACUGAAACCAAUAUAGUCUAUAUUUACUGAAUUUAGUGAUAGAGUUUUUGGCUAUGUAAGUUCUAUAUUCCUAGAAAGGCAUAGUAAUUAUGUAUUAUGCAAAUGUGUUGUGCAAUAAGGUUUGCUACCAUAUCCUUAUCAAUCAAUAAUUAUGGGAAAAUUCUCCCUAUUAUUAAGAAAUGAAUGGAUUUGUGCUAAAAUACGCUUUGUUAAGGAGAUGAGGGUGUGUAUUAUGAAUGAAUUCUUACAUUUUUUAUCUGGAAUGCCAUUAUCCCAAUUUAUAGGCUACCCCACAGGAAACUGAAAUUUUACCAUAGAUCAAUUACCGUAUUAAAAUUAAUUCCACUAUAUUGGAAUGAAUAAAUUCGGUAUCGUAACCAAUCGAUUUCAAUAUUUGAUUACAUUUCACUUUCAAUAUUUUAAAUAUUCGUUAUUUGAUUUGCGUGUAGGAUAAUUAUUUUCAAUAUUAGGUAGAUAUUUCAUUUUCUCAAUUUUAGGUACAUAUUUUCAAUAUUUGGUAUUUGAUUCGCAUGUAGGAUUCGAGUAGUGCUUUUUCAGUGUUAUCGUACAUUGAAGAAGAAAUGAAUAUAACAAGGUUACCUUUAAAAACAAUAUAAAAACUUUUAGUACCCUUUUAUUAAUAUCUUUAAAAUAUUUAAAGAUACACGGUUACCUUUUUAUGAAAAUGAUUCGUAAAUUCUUGAUGAGAAUGAAGAUUCUCAUUGUUAAAAAAUCAAUAAUUAAAAAGAUAGAGCUCAUGAGGCACUGUUUUUGUCAUGUUACCAGAUUAUGUUUGAAAUAUUCUAUGAACUUUAAUGACUCCCAAAUUUAAAUGCAUGCUAAAGUUUCUGUAAUUUAUUUAUAGUUCAGGUUCAAUCACUUGAAUGCUCUAUCAUCAUCAUCAUCAUCAUCAUCAUCAUCAGUGUUUUGCCCUAGGGCAGAUCCAUACAUGAUUUCUCCUUCUCCACUCUUCUCUGUCUUGUGCGAUUCUCUUCAGCAUGAAUGAAGAAUUUUCCCUCCUCCCUGACAUCAUCCCCCAUCUUCACUCUCCUCCACCCCUGCACCCUCCCUCACUCCCAGCACAGCCCCUUCCAUUGCCGUCACAAGGAGGUCGCUAUGCCUCAGCAAUAUGUCCUAACAGCAAGGCUUUUGUUCUGACGCCGACAUACGUUGUUGUUACAAUUUGUUUGGUUAUUGAAAUUUCAUCUAACAAUGGCUACUCCUGCAGCUGUUCCCAAACCCAAGUCUGAAAUGACUCGUGAAGAGUUGGAAAAAUUUGAAGAACAUCAAUUUAACACCGGACCGUUAUCCAUCCUUAUUAAUGCGGUCAAGAAUAAUACACAGGUGCUGAUCAACUGUCGCAGCAA